ACAGGGUCUGUGUGAUCAGCACCCUUCACAGGAGGGCACAGCGCACAUGCCGACAAAACACCGAUCAUUAACGAUCUGUUUGAGUUAGUGCCUUUUAAAUGUGUUUUAGCAGCUGAAGUUAUAGCGUGUCUCCAUUACGUGGCACCGGAAAGCAGUCUUCUUUUUAUUUAAAAAGAAAAACAACAACAACAACAACAGUUUCGGUUUAGUUAGCUAGUUGUGUAAAUCUAUUUUCGAAACCAUGUCUGGCCCUCAAAGAUUUGCAAGCCCGUUUCACAGACCUCACUGCCUUGCAGCUGCUGCCCCGGCUGGUAAAACGAAGCUAACUCACCCUGGCAAGGCUAUUUUAGCAGGUGGGAUUGCUGGAGGUAUAGAGAUCUGCAUAACGUUUCCCACAGAAUAUGUCAAAACACAGCUGCAGCUGGAUGCCAAGGCCAAUCCACCGCGCUAUAAAGGCAUCGUUGACUGCGUGAAGCUGACAGUUAAGAGUCAUGGGGUGCAAGGGCUGUACCGGGGGCUCAGCUCGCUGGUCUAUGGCUCCAUACCCAAGGCUGCAGUCAGGUUUGGCAUGUUCGAGUUUCUCAGUAACCACAUGAGAGAUGAGAACGGGAAGCUGGACGGCACACGGGGGCUGCUGUGUGGACUGGGGGCCGGCGUGGCAGAGGCAGUGGUGGUGGUGUGCCCCAUGGAGACCAUCAAGGUGAAGUUCAUUCAUGAUCAGUGCUCGGCCAAGCCGCAGUACAGGGGGUACUUCCAGGGAGUGAGGGAGAUUAUUCGGCAGCAUGGUUUAAGAGGAACAUAUCAGGGUCUGACUGCAACGGUUCUGAAGCAGGGAUCCAAUCAGGCAAUCCGCUUCUACGUCAUGACGUCUCUGAAGAAUUGGUAUAAAGGUAAUAACCCCAAUAAGGAUAUGAACCCCUUGGUGACGGGUGCGUUUGGUGCCAUUGCCGGAGCAGCCAGUGUGUUUGGGAACACCCCCAUUGAUGUGAUUAAAACUCGAAUGCAGGGACUCGAAGCCCACAAGUACAAAAACACAGUUAACUGCGCUUACCAAAUCAUGAAACAUGAAGGACUGCGAGGGUUUUACAAGGGAACUAUCCCUCGGCUGGGUCGUGUCUGCCUGGACGUGGCCCUAGUGUUCGUUAUUUAUGAAGAGGUGGUGAAGGUCCUGAACCGGGUCUGGCAGACUGAAUGAAUGAGAGCAACCUGGAAACCAAUAGUGCCAUGGGGAGGAGGGGCUCGGAAUGCUGUAGGAGGAGAUACUGCUAAUGAUCGGUGUGCCAUAGGCAAUAGACCUAUACAAUAUACUGCUAAUGAUCGGUGUGCCAUAGGCAAUAGACCUAUACAAUAUGUAUAGUUUAUAUUGUAUAAUAUAUAUUCCAGUAAUCCCAAAUCUCCCUUGAUGCUAUUGUUUGGUCACAUUAACCCUAAAUGGUCUUGCAUUCGCACCCAUCAGGUUUUUUCUGUUUUAAGGCUUUUAAAUAUAAUGUGUGUGUCGGUGUGCAUUUUAUCAGGACCUAAGAAGCAAUCACAGGUAACACUAAGAAAUGUGGAAAACGAUCCUGCAGUUUCUUGGGACAGAACAAAGUCCCUGGCAUUGUCAACGUGUGUGCCAAAAAAAAAAAAAAAAAAAAAGACUCAUUUAGUCCAAACCUAUGACACAGUUCGUUUUUAUUUUAUGCAAGUUUUAACCAAAAGAGGAUCUCCUCAGUUUACGUUGCCUUCCCAAGCUACUUGUGUGUUCCAAUCAGUUUCAGAAUGACCUGUUUUAAGAUGGGCAUCUUAGCGUGGGGGACGGGACGACAGUAUCUGAGGAAAAUCUAUAUUCUUGAGGAGCAAUGUUAAACGUUUAAAUAGAUCUUAUUAAUAAUAAUAAUAAUAAUAAUAAUAAUAAUAAUAAUAAUAAUAAUAAUAAUGUGCUUUGAUUAUUGCAUGAAUUUGUAUUUUCCUUAAACAGAAAGCCCCCUGCCCCCAGUAAAGAUUUCAGUUCAUUAUUUCAUUCUGAAUUUCUUUCAGUUUUUUGGUUUGCAAUGUGCUUUGCACCUGAACUCCAGCAUUUCUCUCAGUGCCAGCUUCCUCUGCUCUGCUUCGGAGUGAGCUUUGAUCCACAGCCUUUCUUGUUCCUUCACUUAUUCUCACUUGACGUGAGCUGCUGAAAAGUUCAAUAAAACCUCCCUAGAAAUCCCUGAUUUUAAUUGUGCCAAGAACUAGCAGCACUUCUGCCAGAUGUGUUGAUGUGCCAAAGGUGUUCUUUAAUACAGGAAUGUGGGAUUGCUGUCAGCCUGGGUAUAAGGGUUAGUAUAAGUGUUGAUGCACCGAGUCGAGCCAGACUGAGCCCCUAGACUGAAGUGUAUCUCCGCGAUAAUGACGAGGAUUGCUUUACAUGGGGUCUGGGGGGAGGCAGUUAGAGUCAAUACGUAAUGUCUAAUAUAUACAGUGUUACACAAACUGUACCUUGUAAAUGACCCUGAAUAGAAGGUUCAUCGUUCCUGAAGCCACUUUCUAACUGGAAAUUGAUGGGUGAAAACUAUUUUGUGUUUAUAUGAAAAUAUUCAUAUAAUCUAAAUAUUCAAAAUUGUAAUUUUCCUUUUCGUUCGAUAUCCAGAAGACCCUUGCUUCUCUGAUGCCUUGUGUAGUCCUUGUUUUUCAUACUUCUGUUUCAUCAAAACCCAGAGCUUCUACAGCUUCUACAGCUGUUAUCGGCAUGCGUUUGGUUCUGAUUUUCUGAUAGCUCAGAUUAGGGAGAGUCCGUGCUCCAGGUAAUCAAGCUUGCUGUGGCAUUUCAGUUUGCAUGCUGCUUGUAAUUUUGCAUUUUAUUUCAGUUAUUUUUGUUCCUCCCCCCCCCCCCCCCC